ACCACCGCUUGCUUCCCCCUCUCUCGAUCGUGCAGACCCUAAACACAAGCAGAGCGCUCUGGUUUCCACCAUCUUCCCUUCGCUUCUCCAAGAAUAGCUCCCUCGAGUACACCCAAAUGGAUCCUUCCCUGGCCAAGCGGCUGUGGCACAUGAUCAGAGCUGCUUGCUACAUGCUACGUAAGGGUUUCUGCAAGCACAAGCUCAUGAUGGAUCUCCACCUCCUCCUCAAGCGCGGCAAGCUCGCCGGGAAAGCCAUCGGAAACUUCGUCACCUUCCAUCACCACCAUGACCGCCACACUGGCUCCGAUGCGUACCCGGCCUGCUCGUGCCGGUCCAUGGACCCCGACUUCUCCUUCUACAACCCCAAGGAGGUAGAGUUCAGCUGCAGCAAUACCCCCUCCUACCCAUCCUUCUUCCUCACUGCCAAGCGGAAGAACCGCCAACGCCAUGGCUGCUACGACAUCGACGUCACCGCACUAGCCCAGCAGCUUGAAAUGCUGAACACGGAGAUAUCUGAAGCCGAGUCGUCGGCCAUGGCGUCGGCGUCGCCAUCGCCUGCGCCGAUGUGGAACGUCGGUAAGAGCCCGGCAGCGGGGCGGCAACUGAGGGUAACAGACUCGCCGUUCCGGAUGAUGGAUGGGGACGGGGAGGCCGAUGGCCGCGUCGACCGGGAGGCAGAGGAGUUCAUCAAGAGGUUCUACGAGAAGCUUCGUCUCCAGCAGAGCGUUCCGGCGACACCGGAGUACCAGUACCGCAGCCGCCGCAAGCCGGCCUGAUGUGGCUCUCAUGGAGCUUGGCCGCUGCGAAUAACGAGAUCCUGUAGAGAGAGAAGCACGUGAGCCUACCUUGUUCGGAGCUUCUCUGCUGCUUUCAGUCUGCUUUGGUUGCUGAAGCUGAGGGAUGCAGCUGUUCAUGAAAUAUUUUGAUUAUUCCAUGUGUUCCUAAAAUAUUGAAGAUCGAGUCACUGUUGGACAUACUGAAGGAAAAUUUGUAAUGUUGAUUAAUCGAAUGACAAGAAUGUUUAUGUUCGUCAGAUCUUCCAGUUUAUUGUAAUGCGACCAUAUUUGGGGUGUCUGGUAAUGCUUUGUCUUGUUACUUGGAGCUGAGAUCCAGCAGAUGCAGUUGUU